ACGCAGGAAACCAGGUCAACCAAGCAUUAGACGAAGAUGGCUAAAUCGGGGCGUAACAUUUGCUGCGCAGUUCUGUGGUGUUACAACACAAGGAAUUCCAGUUCUGAGAAGUUUUUCAGGUAUCCUAAUGACAGCAGGAAGCUGUCAAGUACCUUGGGCAAGUGUUAACGUGUGGUGGGUUGAGCCAGGAUCCAGGGAGGCUGGAAGACAUCCUUCACGUCGAGGUCCCUUGCAGUCGGAAUGAGCUACAGACAUUCUUAGAGCGUCUGUUUUGGAUGACGGCGCGGUCGGACAUAAACAAUCUCUGAAAAAUAGUGCUCAUGCAUUGAAUGCUGCAGCACAACAGGAGAAACCGCCAGCCAGGAAGCCAGAAGACCGCCGUAGUGGACACCAAGGCCGCGAUGGAAAACACAUCGGACGAUUCAAGCACGAAGGCCGCAGAACAAGGUGGCCACUCUCCUGCCCGCGAGAACAAAGACAUCGACACUCCGGUUCUUUUCACCCCGCAGUACUAUGCGCAUAAUAACGGCUUCCAGAGGAAGUUCAGCAACUGGGUUCUGGACUUCUGCCAGGCCUUGUUUCGUCGAGAGCCCGACGAGACGCAACAGUUCCUGGACCUCGGCUGCGGCACUGGAGAGUUCACGCGGGAGUGCCUCCUUCCUCGAUGCCUGCCAUGCCGGAGGAUGGUGGCCGUGGACUUGUCGGCGGACAUGAUCGACUACGCCAAGAGUAACUGCGUCCACAAUGCGCUGGAGUUCAGAAAGCUGGACAUCACUGUCGACGAACAAGUCGUGGAUCUCCUAGGCGAGUAUGGUGCUUUCGACAGGGUCUACUCGUUCCACUGUCUGCACUGGGCGCUCAAUCAGCCGGCUGCUUUGAAGAACGUGGCUCGGCUCCUGAAGCCUGGAGGGGAGUGUCUCCUGGUAUUUCAUGCUUCCCUCCAAGCCAUGGACGUCUGCCGCAACAUUACCAAAAUUGAGCGGUGGAGCAAGUACGCACCGGUGGUCGACCGCUUCGUUCCAGUAACGCAAGACAUGGACGACUGCGAACGCAUCGAAUACGCUUCGAAACUGCUCAAAGAAGCUGGACUAUCGCCGAGUAUGCUGGAGCUGCCGCGAUGCACAGUUUUUGAUGGCUGCAGCUUGGAGACACUCAUGGGUGUAUAUAUUACCCUAAACCCGGUCGCCGACAUCCUUCCUGACGAGGAGAAAAUGGCGGCAGUCAAGGACACCGUAGAGCUCAUCCGAACAAUGCACUCCUCAGACGACGACAAGGCACGCUAUCGCGUAUACGUCAUCAAGGCGUCCAAAAUGUAAAUACAAUAUCCUCCAACUCUACAAGCUCUCUACAGGUGCUUGUAAUGUAUUGGGAACGGUACAAAGGGACGAUACAAUGUCACCCAGAUCAAGUUGCAGCUCCCGCUGCAUUGCAAUCCAGUCGGUGAUCGCGAGCAGGCGGAAGAUUUAUUGGAUUGGAUUGUAUUCCGUCGUAUUGUUUAUUGCGGGGCACGCUUCGACCACGUCUUCACCGGCAGCACGGGUGUGCCACCCGACACCUUCAACAGUCUCCUGUUUAUAAGGACUAUUAAAAAUACAUUUCUGA